AUGAUUCUCCCAUACAUUGAUGGAGUGAACCAUGUUGCAAGAAUUGCUGCUGAAGCAGAUGUAGAAAAUAAUCUUGUGAAAUCCUGUGUACAGAACUUGGUGUACUAUGGAGUAGUAACAAUGAUUCCAAUAUUUCAGUAUUCUAAUGUGUAUGCUGUGACCCCAAAACUUAGAAAUCUUGCUGAGAACAAGGACUUGCAGGAUAGGUGUAUCCGUUACGUGUCAAAAUCUGUGAGACAGCCUGCCACUCUUAAAGAUAUAUUCAAAAUGUAUUCUUGUAUGACAUAUGGUACAACUAUCAGGGAUCUAUGCAUUCGUUUUAAUCCUCAUCCAUUGAGGAUAAAUGAACGGAAACUUGUUCAAUUUGGUAUACUUGAAGGGCUGAUUCGACGAAUUCAUAAAUAUCCAGUGUAUCUUUCAGAUACUAGUCAUAACAAUGCUGGAGGAUUAAGUCAACAUCGCCAUUUUACUGGUCAGCAGUCAUUGGAUGAAAUUUGUUGUGCACAAGGUUUAAGCAGUCAGCAGUUAGAAGAACAGUUGGAAAAAGAUCCAAAUGUUGCUAUUAUCUGGAAGUAAUUUCUAAAUGCUUUGGUUAAGAAUUUCAAAAUGUUGGCUAACUGUGUAACUAAUAUGGCUUCCUCUUACACUUUGCUUUUCAUAUGAAUGUUGUAGCUGUACUUGUCAUGAGAAGUUAUGAUUUGUUGAUUUGACAUCCCCUCACUCAGAUACUCACAUAAAUAUUAUUUAUGGUGCAACGAAAAUUAUAUAUUUGCUGCUUCAUGCAGGUUACCUCUUUAGAGAGACAGUCUUUUUUUAAGUAAUAGAAUAUUAAGCUUGUUAGUAAGAUUUAUAUUAUACUUGUUAUGCAAUGCAUUACUUUUGUAAUUGUUUUUAAGUAACUGCAUUUUAUUUUGAGCUAAAUUUAUUUUAUUUUGCAUUUUAUAUUUUUUAUAAUGAUUUUAUUGUUUAAGUUUCAUAAUGUUGAGAGCAAACUAUUCAUCAGGAAUUACUUAAUACAGACUUUCUAUUGAAUUCUAUUCAGUUUCAGUUCUUUCUAUUUCAGAGAAUUCUAUUGAAUGUACUUGGAAUGUUUUCACCAAAGAACCUUUCAAUUUUAAUUUACCAAAAAAACAUUAUAUUAUGAAAUUAAAAAAAAUCAGUAAUAAAUUUACAAAAACAAAUGUAAUCUAUUGAACUUUUUAAAGACUUGAAAUUUAUUUUGGAAGUUCAAGAUUUUUAAUUUUGGAACAAAGAAGUUGUGAUUUCCUAAAUUACACAUUAAUUGUAUUAAAAAUGAAAAAUUAUAGAAUUACUCAUUUGUUAUGAUGAAAAUAAUUUAAAAACAUAUAAAAUGAAUAUUGUUACAAUUUAAAAAGGGACCAUUGUUUUACUUUUAAUUGAUGCAUUUUUCUUUGAAGUGAUUAUUGGCAAAAUCAGUUUUUAAGGCUUCAGAACCAGAUGUUUGCCUCUGAGAUCUUGAGAAAUGACCUCUUUUUGAAAAUUAAAAAAUAAAUAUAAGGGGCCCGCACAUGCUUGUCAUAAAUGUUGAUUUUAACUGUCCUUGUUUCUGUGUUUUAUGUUUAACCAUAUCCCAAAGAUGCCCCAUGAUCGCUCACUCUUAACCAUCUGAAAUUAGUUGCAGCAUCUUUGUGCUCAAUUGACUAAUCGAUCCCUCCAUGUCUUGGCUAGUUCUCGGCAUUAUCUUUGUCUGGGUGAGGGCACAUUGCCAGUUUCCAUGUAGAUGAUUGAACUUUGAACAGAAUUUCUGAAUAAAUUUUAAUCUAUCUUAACAAUUGUUUUCAGUGUUGAUUACCAAUUAUGCCAUCUUUUAAGCCUAAAGCUUUUGAAAAUAAAAAAAACAUUAACUUAUUCAAAUAAGUUAAGAAAUUAAUGUAAUAUUAAAAAUAUUAAUUUCUGAAUAAAUUUUUAAUCUAUCUUAACAAGUACAUCCUUAAAAACUUGAGGUUUUAAAACCCUUGAUGAACAGUAAAAAUCAAAAAACAAAAGGCUCAAGGUUAGAUGUGGACUUCUUUGUUCUUACAUUUUGGUUUUAGAAAAAUAUGGUAGCUUUUAUUUCAUUAAUGGCAAUGUUUUCAGUACAAAAAACAAUACAAUUUAUCAUUUAUUUACAUAUUUUGUGUUAUUAAAUAUACAAACAUAACAUUUAUUAUACAUUUUUGUAUAUUAAUCCAAGUUAUUGUAAUGCAUGUGUGAAUUGUUUUUGCAUUUGCUGGCAUGUUUAUUCACUGAAUUUAUAUUCUACUUUCAUUUACUUAUCUAAUCUACAUAUGCAUAAAUUAUGCAAAUAGCAUCCAGAGAGUAUCCUGAAAGAUUCCUUCUAUUAUUUUACUUUUAACUAGUUUGUGAGUUGUGAAAAUUAUAUUCAACAUAUGCUAAAUUAAUUGAUGUGUUCAUUUUGAAUGAAGAGGUCUCAUAAAUGGUUUAUAAGUCGCUCGUGUUCUGUAAAACCAGGUUUGUGUAUGGACAUUUACUUCUUAUUGAGAUAAUUUACUUUGUCUGUAAUGUAGAAAUAGAUAGCCAGUAUGUUGAUUAUUUCCUUUCUUUAUAAGAUUCUGUAGGGGCGAAAGUGGAGUGUGGGGCAACAUCCUGGAUACUCUUGUCUCCUGGGAGCUCAGAUCUAAUUGAUUCCAGCUGAACUUCACCCUAUAAUUCCUCUUUUUUACAUUUGCUGCCUUAUAUCUAGAAUUAUUUCUACUCAAUUAUCGUAUUCAUUCUUGCUACUUCAUUUAUGUACUUAUGGCCUAUUGUUUUGGUUUAUCUGGGCUUCAUUUAGCUUUCCUGUUUAAAGAUUGUGGUUGUAAAGACUUUAAGUUUAUUCCAGUAAUGCAUUUUUUGCCCUCGUUUCUUGUACUAGGUUUUUCCAUAAUUCUUUAUCAUGAUGUCUGUAUUUGUCCUUAUUCUGUUGUAUCCAAAGACUUUUUCGUGUUCAUUGGUAAAUUGGCUGUCACUCUUAAUAUGUUUUAUGGACUUCAGUUAUGAUUUUCAAUAAUUUGUAGUAAUUUGUCGCUGUUACCCUUAUUUAUAUACUUAAGCUGAGGCCUUGAACGAUUCUCUAUCAUUUGGUUUCCUUUUACCUUGCUUCUAUUUUCUCAUUAUUAGCGCAGUCAAGAGCCCCAAUGUUUCAUUCUUGGCCUCAUACUGUGUGAGUUUCAAAAGUAAGUGAUGCCUUUCUUGAUCGUUUCUGAUAAAUAUUUGUAGACACUUUUCUUCUCAAAGAUUAGUUUGUUUUCAGUGUUGAUACCAAUUAUGCCAUCUUUUUAAGCCAAAGCUUUUGAAAAUAAAAAAACAUUAAACUUAUUCAAAUAAGUUGUUUUGUCGAAGUGCUUAAUAGUAUGUAUGGCGUUUUGUUUUCCCCUCUUUUUGAAAAAAGGAAGGGGGAAAAAAAAAAUUAAUGUAAUAUUAAAAAUAUUGCCACUUAUUUGCAUCUUUUUUGGAGAAGAGUGGCAAGGAUAUUGCUAAAAAGUGAGGCAGUUUGAUCUACUGUUCUGAAUAAUAGAUCAAAGGAGAAAAUAAUGUUUCCUGCAGCCUUCAUUAAUUUCAGUUUUUCACUUCUUGUUUAUAUCCUUGGAACUUUUUCGUUUUCAACUUUAAUUAAUUUAAUCUUUCUAUUUACAUAAAAUUAAUCUCAUGUGUAUAGGACUGCACUUUUGUUUUCAAUACUUACUUUACUUUAUAGAAUUUCAAGGCGGAAAAAACUUCAAAUUUACAACCUAUGCCAAGUGGCCAUGAUUUCUUGGACUAAUUUUAAAGUUUUUGUGGUUUUUGUUAUCAUCAUUAUCUUCUUUUCUAAACUUUCUAUUUUUGAACCAAUUUUACAUGUCAAAGAAUUGUUCUUUUAAUCUUUAAAUUCUCUUCUAUUCUGAAACUAAACUUCUUUCAAGCUCAUUCACUUAUCUGACCAAAUUAAAUGUGUUUCCAAAAUUAUUCAAUCAGAAAUAUGGUAUGUCUUGUGGCAUAGAUUUAGUAGAAGUGCAUUUGCUAAUUUGUUUUUCCACAAAAAGGUUUACAGUUGAACUGGAUUGGAAAAAUUAACAAAACAUAUCCCUACAAUUCUUAAUUUUAAGAAUUAUGGUACAUGAACUUACAUUUGUUAUUGAAAUAUGUGAUACAAUAACAAGCUAGUAUAUUUUUAUGGAUUCUUAUGCUUGGCCAUUAUGUUAAUAACCAACCAAUUGCAAAAGUAACUUUUGAUUAAUAAUUAACACAAAAGUUAAUUUUACACAUUAAAAAUUUGAAUCUGGUGAAAAGAUAUAAUUUGAAUUAAUCAAUGAGCAAAGAGGAAAGAUUAGCAUGUCACUGCUGUUAAAUAAUGUUACUGAUCUUGUUAUUUAGCUAUUCAAUUUUGAUUGACUACAUUUAAGAAAGUUCUUUUGCUGAUUUUAUUAAUUGAAAUCUCUUUUGCAUUAAUAUGGAGUUGGGAGUAGCAGGAGUACAAAUUUCACAGCUAAAAUGGUAAUUGUUAUAAAUGGAUUGAUUCUUACAACAUGAUUUUUUAUUUUAUUUAUGUAUUGUUACAACCUUUUCGGAAUACUUGUUGAUUGUUUUCUCUUUUGGUACUGUCAAAAGUAAUGUCUUUCUCCACUAUUCAAUUCACAUGGUUUUAAAAAUCCUUGUUUUUUAUGUUUAAAGGUGUGGCACUUGCUAAUUUGAAGCAAGUUUGUGUUUUGAUUUUAUAAUAAAAAACAUUGAAAGCAUCACAAAAUUAAAAACAUAAUUGGAAUGUUAACUGUUCGCAAGAUUAAGGCACAUCACUUUUAUAGUGGAUCAUGUUAUUUUAAGUUUUAUGUAUUUGUCUUCAGGGAUGUUGAAACAGUGUAG